CUCACUACAACACCACCUUACUCGGUAUAUUCACUCAUUUUGCAUAUCUGGUUUCCGAAACAGCCCGAUACCCAAUCCCUGGACCAACAAUGAGUUACGCACAAACCCUGCCAUUCAUCAUCCUGGAGAGGAUCGUCGACUAUGUGCUAGAGUUUUAUCCGCUCCCAGGCCUAGCCAGCUCAAGCAAAUGCGACUUAUGUAUAGCAGAAUGGGCGCUGCCGGGCGUGUGCAAGCAUUGGCGGAAAGUGUCGCUCACUCAUCUGUACAAGUCUGUCAGUUGGAACACGAUCAAGAAUAUUCGUGGAGGCUGCAAGACAAGCAGGUUCCUGUCCAACAAGUUCAUGAAUGCGAUCAGGAAUGAGGGAGCCGGAGUCGUGAAGACUUUUACUGUCGCAUGCCGACGAGAUAUGAUUCUUGAUGGCUCGUAUGUCAAGGGGCUAGGUAUGCUGCCUAGCACCUGCAAGGUUUUGCCUGGGGUCAGUAUCCUAGACCUCAGUAUCCUGUCAUCGUCAGAUGAGACAGAUAUUGACUUGGAUGAGUCCAAGGACAACAUCUUGUCCUUUUGCGCUGCAAUCAGAAGGAUGUUUCCCAAUGUGAGCAAGCUGAAGAUUACUGGCUCAACACGUCGUAUCCAGCCAAAGGACGACGAGCUGCUGGACACGAUCACCUGUCGGCUUGUGAAUCCUGAUAUCCCGGCUGCCUCAGCAGAAAGCUAUGUCAAGUUCAGUCGGUCCUUUUCUAGUCUGCAGUAUCUGAAUGGCAGCAUCAGUGGCCACAACUCGCCAGUUAUCGAACUCGCCCGGAGACAUGCAUCAUCGCUGGAGUUCCUGGCGAUCCGCACUGCCAUACCGGAAGCGAUUUCUCGGAUUUGUUACCGCAGCAGUGGAGAGGGGCUCGUGUACAGCAGAUUAAAGGUCUUCUCCAUUUUUCCUGGCGGCUCCGAGAUUCACUUUGACACGAAGUACAAGUUCCAGGAAGUCAGACAUGUACCAUUCCCAGUACUCUGUACUGUCAACAGCAUUAGCCCCUACCCGUUCGCUGGGGAUGUGGUGUUCCGCGGCAACACAAAGACUCUAAGCAAGCUCACAGUGCUGCUGACAAGGCACAACUUGGAUAUGUUCCUGACAAAUGGCGUGCUUAGAAGAGAGCGUUUGAUGGCCCUCGAUGUCGCGGAGUACAUGUACUUUGGACCAGCCACCGGCACAAUGCCGAUAUCCGAUAUGCUGCGGGCCGCCCUCCCAGCUGAGAGCACCAUGAAAAUGUUCAAGUUCGAUGCGGUGCAUCCGAUCCGGUUUGAGUCUGUUUGGCCAUCGCUAGAGACGAUUGGAGCCAGAAUGGAGUCACUCCGAAUUCGUUCACUCGCUUGCACCCUUGAGCAGGUUAUUUCGCUGGUUAGUGUGCUGCCGCUGAUCAAAACCCUCGAGUUCGAGUGUGUAUCGACGCCAAGCCUGAUGGGUACCGAUAGACUGCAUGAUGGAUGUGAGGGGGCGUGCAGGCUGGCUUCACAUCCGGCCGAGCCCGGUGACAAACCUAAGCAUGUGAGGUUCAUGGAGACACACCUAGACUGUAUCUGUAACGACAUGGCUGUGGCCGAGGUGCUGUAUAUGCAGCACUACCCGCUCUCUCUGUCGUUGAAGAACUUUUAUGUGGGCACGCGUGGUUCUAACCUGAUGCUCGCUAGCCGGAUGGUGGUGCUUAUGUCCCUGCUUUGUCCACGCAUCGGACUCUACGACCUGUGCGGCCAGCCGGCAUACGAUUCCCUGGGGCAGCGGCUCGAGCAGAGCCGGCUGGAGAGUACUCGGCAACGUGCGUCGCACGCCUGAGUGUGCGGCAUUCUCCGCCGCUACUGCUUGCGGCAGGCGGCUCUUCUGGGAAGUAGCGACGAUCGCACGCUCGACUGGCAGAUCGUCCCUCGCUUUCGCCAUCCCGUGCUCGUGUCUCAGCUCCAGCCAAUGGCGUGUUCCCAGCAGCCGCGAGAAAACCUGUACAACAGCUGGAAAGAGGGCCUGAGAGUGCAAGUGCGAUCUCAGGAACAGGCAGAAUAAUG